AUGGCCAUUUCGUCGAAAAUCAUUGUUGUGUUCAUGUUGCUUCUCAGUGCUAUCUUCUUGGUGCAGCUCUCUGUGCCAGCUCAUGCUAGGAAGCUGGAAGUGAUGAGGGCACCUAUCAGCAGCGUGCAUCCUCCAUGCACCCCAAGGAGUGUUCUGCAGGUGACUGCUACUCAGACCGAGUCUACCACUCCAGGUCAUAGCCCCAGCAUUGGCCAUAACAGUCCUCCGAAUUGA